AUGAAGCAGAUAAGUUCUCUUCUCGAAGAGUACCUGUGUACCAACAACCUCGAGGAUGCGACUGCCGCACUUCAAGAGUUGGAUUCACCCCAUUACCACCACGAGCUCGUAUACCAGGCGAUUCUCCUGGUUCUCGAACGAAGUGGCGACCAAGUGGCAGAUCGCAUUAUACGUCUUCUGGAUCGCCUUUGCCGUUCGGUUGUGAUAACGCUUGAUCAAUUACAAACUGGUGUGAAAAGAAUUUAUGUCGAGAUGCCGGAAAUCCAACGACAGCUUCCAGUUGCAUCCGUCCUCUUGGAACGAUUUAUUCACCGUGCCUUAGAAGUCGGAUUUUUGCCAAAGAAGUUAGCCAAUGAAAUGCCAACAAAGGCUCGAAAACGCUUCGUUUCCGAGGGUGAUGGUAUCCGAAAGGCUCCGCCUGUUGGCCGACUGUUUUGA